AUGAUGAAAGAGGCAUCUGCCUCUAAUUCCAGUGGGACUACUGUUACUCAUCCUCCUCGCCAUGAUAAAUGGAAAAGAGCUCGUCAAAAACCAACAGGGGAUUACAUAUCUGCAGAAACAGAAAGUGUAGCUAGGCGUAUUGAUGAGCUGGUCGAGCAAAGCACACAAGGAUCAUUCACUCCACAAGGGCGUGAGGACAUAUUGGCAGUUGCCAUUGGUCGUCUAGAGCAUCCUGGACGUGUUCGUGGUGUUGGAAAAUUUGUAGGCAUCCGUCAAUUCUUUGGUCCUCCAUCAGCUAAUCAUAAUAAAGUAAAUAUCAAUGAGGAAGUCAUCAUGUCCAUCAAAGAAGAAAUGAGAGAACAAAUGAGGGAGGAAAUUAGGGAGGAGAUUAAGAAGGAGAUGAAGAAAGAGUACUUUGAUAUGAAGGCACAAUUGUUAGCAGACAUGAGAGCAGAGUUAGCCUCUCCCUCAGCCCAGCCUUGUAAUCCUCCUCAACAACCUUCUCUUAUUUGUGUAAGCACAAAGGGGAGUUGUGAUGUUCCUCUUGAAGAGGCUUCUCUCACUGUUGAUGCAGAUUACGAGUUGUUCAUUGAUGAUCUCCUACAGUCCUUGGUGGCUUUAGGUAAAAUGUAUGCAUUGGGGUCAACCAUACACCAUGCAACCAUUGCAGAUGAUAUGAUGAGAGUAGUGGUUGUAGAUGUUCGAGAUGCUACUGCUCGAGUCCCAGUGCCCACUCAAGAGGUUAAGACAGUGGGGCAGGCCCCUGGAAAUUUUAUCCUUUGGCCAGUUAGAUUAGCAAAAGUAAUUGCAAAGGAGAUUAGAGUACAAGAAAAGGAAGAUGUGAAUGAAUCAUUACCACAACAGACAAUUCUAGAACGACUUGGUGCAAUGGCAGCGACUAUCGCCUUGCAACCUAUACAAUUAGAAAUGCCUCCCCAAGCCACAAAUAGGACCUUCAACACCCCUUUUUUUAUAUGUCAAAAGGAUAUUUUUGAAGUUCUCUCUGGCACUGAUAUGUUAUGUAUAUCAGUAAUACAACUUUGGUUGUUGUAUUUACAUCGUAGAUGCACUGAGAAGAAGAAUGAUCACAUAUAUGGAUUUAUUGAUCCUAUUGCCAUUCAAGGCGUUGGGAAUAAAAGUGAAGAGGUUCAAAAGUACCUAUUAGAGGCAUUUGAUGUUGGGAAAAAAGAAGUGGGUCACUGGCAGUUGCCGGUAAUUCUUCCUCAGAAGUUUGUUGUGGUUCUUUUGUGUUCAUUACACAAGAAGCCUAACACUUUGAAAAUUAAAAGUACUUUACAAGCAGCGGUUGAGGCUCAUUCUAGGUUGCAGGGACAACAAAUCACUUCUAGAAAGAAGUUGCAGUUCAUUGCGCCAACUUGCUCACGUCAACCGGGAAGCUAUGAGUGUGGAUAUUAUACCAUGAGGCACAUGCAUAGAAUCAUAUCCGCAAACAUUGUUGACUCAUGGGAUAUGAUUUUCAAUGACACAUCUCCAAUGGAUCAAGGAGUCUUGAAGGAAGUUCGUGAGCAGUGGGCUUCGUUUCUUUUAAGUGUUUAUAUAAGAUGAUGUUAGGUGUUUUAUGACUUAUAUA